CACUGUGCGUGGGCGGGCGGGGCUUCCUCGUGCUUACAAGAAUCUGCUGUUUCCGUGCAGCUGGAUGCGGAAGAAAAACAAGGAGCACAGAGUUCCUGGAAAAAAACUUAAACAGACCAGAGGCACUUUCCUCAGGAUUUUGUGUAAGAACUGAGGUAUUUGACCUGUAAAGUCCAUACAGAUUACCAUGUGGCCAAACCAAGGUCCUCCACCAAACCCAGCCUACCCUCCUGGCUACAAUCCUGCAUUUCCCUCUGCUCCUGCUCCUGGUCUCUUUCCCCAACCUUCAAAUCCAGCAUACCCCGCAGGCCAGUACCCCGCAGGCCAGUACCCCGCAGGCCAGUACCCCGCAGGCCAGUACCCUGCAGGCCAGUACCCAGCUGGAGUGAGACCAGGCAUGGUACCACCAAAUGUAACUCCAGGUGCGAUGCCUUUCGGAGCUCCUGGGCUUCAUCCUUAUCCUAUGGCUCCAGGUGGAUUUCCAGGGGUCCCUCCUGCAGGUGUUCACCCAGGUCUAUUCCCACACUCUCCUAAAGGUGGUCACAAAGGCCACCACAAAGGUCACCACAAAGGUCACCAUAAAGGUCAUCAUCAUGGAGGACUAAAUCCCAUGGCUGGAGGAAUGGCAGGAAUGGCAGGAAUGGGGAUGGGGGAUGGGAUGGGGACAGGGAUGGGUGGACAUAAAGCCCACAAAAAGAUGAAGAAGCUGAAGAAAGGACAUAAGGGGAACAAGCAUAACAAACAUGGCAAGGUGAGAAUGUGUUUUAUGCUGCGACAUUUGCAGCAGGUGAACUAUUGAAGUGUCAUUGUGAAAUAAAAAGAUAAAACUAGAA